GCACGCUCACUCCUCUGGGAGGAGUUUCUUUCCCUUUGCUCUGCUUUCCGGGAGCUACUGACUGCCCCGGAGCGUUGGUGGUUCCCCUGUGCCGGCUGCAAGGAGACUCGCCGGCGGGGGAGCGGGGCCGAGCCCUUCGGAGAUCGCGGCCGUGCGCUGCCCGGCGCCAUGCUUCUGCUGGGUAUCUUAACACUGGCUCUCGCCGGGGUACCCGCAGGCGGGUCAGAGCCAGACCAGGAGGUGGUAGUCCCCAUCCGACUGGACCCGGACAUCAACGGCCGCCACUACUACCGGAGGGGUCCCGAGGACUCAGGGGAUCAGGGUCUUAUUUUUCAGAUCACAGCAUUUCAGGAGGACUUUUACCUACACCUGACUCUGGAUGCUCAGUUCCUGGCGCCCGCCUUCGCCACAGAGCAUCUGGGCGUCCACCUCCCGGCACUCACUGGGAGCUCUCCAGACUUGCGACGUUGCUUCUACUCUGGGGACGUGAACGCCGAGCCAGAUUCCUUCGCCGCUAUGAGCCUGUGCGGGGGUCUACGCGGAGCUUUUGGGUACAGAGGCGCCGAGUAUGUCAUUAGUCCGCUCCCCAACGCCAGCGCUCAGGCUGCACAGCGCAACAGCCAGGGCGCACACCUCCUCCAGCGCCGGGGCGCCCCCGGUGGGCCUCCCGGAGAUCCCACCUCUCGAUGCGGGGUGGCCUCAGGCUGGAACCCUGCCAUUCUGCGGGCGCUGGACCCUUACAAGCCGCGGGAGGCCGGCUUAGGAGAGAGUCGCAGUCGGCGGAGGUCCGGGCGCGCCAAGCGCUUCGUGUCUAUCCCGCGUUACGUGGAGACUCUGGUGGUGGCGGACGAAUCAAUGGUCAAGUUCCACGGCGCGGACUUGGAGCAUUAUCUGCUAACGCUGCUGGCCACGGCGGCACGACUCUAUCGCCAUCCUAGCAUCCUCAACCCCAUCAACAUCGUCGUGGUCAAGGUGCUGCUUCUCAGAGACCGCGACACAGGGCCCAAGGUCACGGGCAACGCUGCCAUGACGCUGCGCAACUUCUGUGCCUGGCAGAAGAAGCUGAAUAAAGUGAGUGACAAACACCCAGAGUACUGGGACACGGCCAUCCUCUUCACCAGGCAGGACCUGUGUGGGGCCACCACCUGUGACACGUUGGGCAUGGCUGAUGUGGGCACUAUGUGCGACCCCAAGAGAAGUUGUUCUGUGAUCGAGGAUGAUGGGCUUCCAUCAGCCUUCACCACUGCCCAUGAGCUGGGCCAUGUGUUCAACAUGCCCCAUGACAAUGUGAAAGUGUGCGAGGAGGUGUUUGGGAAACUCCGAGCCAACCACAUGAUGUCCCCAACACUCAUCCAGAUUGACCGUGCCAACCCCUGGUCUGCCUGCAGCGCUGCCAUCAUCACCGACUUCCUGGACAGUGGGCAUGGCGACUGCCUCCUGGACCCACCCAGCAAGCCCAUCUCCCUGCCUGAGGACCUGCCUGGUACCAGCUACACCCUGAGCCAGCAGUGUGAGCUGGCCUUUGGCGUGGGCUCAAAGCCCUGUCCCUACAUGCAGUACUGCACCAAGCUGUGGUGCACCGGCAAGGCGAAGGGGCAUAUGGUGUGCCAGACCCGCCACUUCCCCUGGGCAGAUGGCACCAGCUGUGGCGAGGGCAAGUUCUGCCUCAAGGGGACCUGUGUGGAGAGACAUAACCUCAACAAGUACAAGGUGGACGGCUCCUGGGCCAAGUGGGAGCCCUAUGGAACCUGCUCGCGCACCUGCGGCGGGGGCGUGCAGCUGGCCCAGAGGCAGUGCAGCAACCCUACCCCUGCCAAUGGGGGCAAGUACUGCGAGGGAGUGAGAGUGAAAUACCGAUCCUGCAACCUGGAGCCCUGCCCCAGCUCAGCUUCCAGCAAGAGCUUCCGGGAGGAGCAGUGUGAGGCUUUCAAUGGCUAUAACCACAGCACCAACCGGCUUACCCUUGCCGUGGCAUGGGUGCCCAAGUACUCCGGCGUUUCUCCCCGGGACAAGUGCAAGCUCAUCUGCCGAGCCAAUGGCACUGGCUACUUCUAUGUGUUGGCGCCGAAGGUGGUGGAUGGUACACCGUGUACUCCUGACUCCACCUCGGUCUGUGUCCAAGGCAAGUGCAUCAAGGCUGGCUGUGAUGGGAACCUGGGCUCCAAGAAGAAAUUCGACAAGUGUGGGGUGUGUGGGGGCGACAAUAAGAGCUGUAAGAAGGUGACAGGCCUCUUCACCAAGCCCAUGCACGGCUACAAUUUUGUGGUGGCCAUCCCUGCGGGUGCCUCGAGCAUUGACAUCCGCCAGCGUGGCUACAAGGGGCUCGUUGGAGACGACAACUACCUGGCCCUGAAGAACAGCCAAGGCAAGUACCUGCUCAAUGGGCACUUCGUGGUGUCGGCCGUGGAGCGGGACCUGGUGGUAAAGGGCAGCCUACUGCGCUACAGUGGCACGGGGACGGCGGUGGAGAGCCUGCAGGCCUCCCGGCCCAUCCUGGAGCCCCUGACCGUGGAGGUCCUCUCCGUGGGCAAGAUGACACCACCCCGGGUCCGCUAUUCCUUCUACCUUCCCAAAGAGCCUUGGGAGGACAAGGCCUCCCACCCCAAGGACCCCCGGGGCUCCUCGGUGCACCACAACAGUGUCCUCAGCCUCUCCAAUCAAGUGGAACAGCAGGACGACAGACCCCUGGCGCGUUGGGUGGCAGGCAGCUGGGGGCCUUGCUCUGUGAGCUGUGGCAGUGGCCUGCAGAAGAGGGCGGUCGACUGUCAUGGGCCCCCAGGGCCACGCUCCACGUCUGCCUGUGAUGCAGCCCAUCGGCCAGUGGAGAUGAGAGCCUGUGGGGAACCCUGCCCGACCUGGGAGCUCGGCGCCUGGUCACCCUGCUCCAAGAGCUGUGGCCGGGGAUUUAAGAGGCGUCCGCUUAAGUGUUUGGGCCCUGGAGGGCGGCUGCUGGCCCGGGAACAGUGCAACCUGCGCCGGAAGCCCCAGGAGCUGGACUUCUGUGUCUUGAGGCCGUGCUGAAUGGGACUGUCCUUUUCUCCUCCUCACUCUCCGCCCCAUUGGUGCUGCCAGGGCUCUGGCCAGCUGGAGCCAUGGGCAGAGGGCGGUGGCCGGGUGUCAAGGCCAUAAUGUCACUCACUCCCAGGGACAAGGACCAUGGGCAGGGCUAAGAGGUCCCUUCCUCCUCCCUGGCCUGGGCGGGGGAAGCCAAGUGACGAACGCACAGUCUACCUCACGCCCGGCUCCUCCAGGGCCCAGUCUCUGGGAGAGGCUGAGAGGUGCGGGCACUGGGCAGAGGCUCUGGGGCCCAGUUUCCAAGGGACCUGGAGGAUGGGCACCUCCCAGGCAGAACUUCAGGGACCUUGGCCCCCGUAAGGGAGGCCACAGGCUGCUGGAAGAGCCAUGGCCCAGCAGCUUGGCACCCUCAGGUGGCCCCGGGGGCUCUAAGCCGUUUCUGAACAAGGCAGGUUUCUAUGGUGCUGUCAGCCCGCCUUUCCUUUCUGACUGACCAGGACUGAAUAAUGAAAAGAAACAAUGGCUGGUGUGGGCAGAAACUGGUAGGAGAGUGGGGUGAGGAAUAACAAGUCUGGGAAGAGGUUUAUGUGUAGGGGGAGUCCGGAGCUUUCUCAUCUUCCUUCUACUCCUGACUCUCCAUCAAGAGCUGCCUCUUCUUCCUGUGUUGUCCAGGACAUUAGACUGGGUGGAGGGCUUCCAAGUACGUGCCCUCUGAGGCUUUGCAAAUAGGUACAGGAAGUCAAUAGGGAGUCUAUUGCCUUCUUCAGGAGGGAUUGGACCAUUGAAAAAAGAUGGAAGGGAUGAUGGAUUCUGUGGUGAAACAGGGAGCUUGAGCAGUGGCCUAGAAUGUUCCGUGUCACUGGGACUGGGCUUGAGGUUUGGGGCAAUGUCACCUGGGAUGGGGAGGAGUCCUCAGUUUCAAUGACUCCUUCCUCCAGAGAGGUAGGUAUAAAUAGGGCUGCCUUGGGCUCUGUGUUGCCUCAGAGGACCUUCAGAGUGGCCACUAAGAGGGAUGUGGGAGAUGCCCAGGAGGGCUAGGUGCUGAACAUCCACAUGCCUGGAGGUGGGUCCUUUGUCUGGACAGCUGCAUGUAGUCUGGCUUUGGGCACAUCACAUGGCAUUGCAGUUGGAUAACGGGGUUCACUGUUUGCUACCUCAGGCAAACCUCUUUGGGUACACACACCUGUCCCUUCCCUGGGGCAGUGGAGACCCUGGUGCUUCCAGUGGACCUGGCUGUUGUCCUCUGCAGACUGAGCUGCCCAGACACAAAGAUAAGUGUGUGGUACAUGGCUUCCUUCCCCCAGAGCCUGGCCAUCCACUAGGGCUCCAAAAAUGAAAGCAGGAUCUCAGGUGCCUUGGGGACAGGCUUCAGGAGACACAACAAUCAAUGACCUAAAAAAAAAGAAAGAAAGUAAGAAAGAAAGAAAAUCAAUGACCUGAUCCAGAGGCACUUGGCAGCCACCAACGGGACCUCCUAUCUAUCCUAGAGACGUGUUGGGGCUGUAGAAACCAGGGUGUUUCCUGGAGCUCCAAGUGGGAAGAUGUUCUGGGGUGAGAGAGCAUUUGGUCAAGCAGGGUAUUUCUUGAGGGUGCAGCUGCUCCUGCACGAAUGUGGGAGAUUCUGCUUCUGAGUUAGGUAAUAUGUCCUGGACUUUAGUGAGGUGAUACCGGAGCAAGUGUUUUCCCUGAGAAAGGGCCUCAGUCCUCUUAUUUGGCUUCCCCUAGUAGGCAGACUCCACAAACCAGCCAUUCAGGUAAACCUCUGGGAUGGUGCUCCAAUCCCAGCCCAGCCCUGGGCUGAGCCCUUGACCGGAACCCCCACAGCAGGGUAGAGGGUGUGUGGAUCUCUGAGGCAGAGCUGCAGCCAUUCCUGGAGAAUGAAGCAAGGAGGAGUCUUCCUCCCCAUAUAGAGAAACCGUGGGGCUGAGACCAUCAAAAGGACGCAGGGCACCAGGGCAGAUGUAGACCCCAACUAGCCGACGAUAGCACUGCUCUCCGUGCUUGGUGCACCCCUCCUCGGUGAGGAGAGGGUGGCGCGGGGGCUGUGCAGAACGGGCAGGGGAAUGGGGAGGGGGGAAGGGUGCUGCCAUCAGUGGGGGUGACUGAUCCCCUAGCGGAGCAGCUUUAGAAAUCAUUUCGAGGAGAGACGACCUAUCUUGUUCCUGACACAAGCUGGGCCUCAAAUGCUCUUUUCUGUCAUGAUUUUUUUUUUUUUCCUUUUUAAAAGAAGUAUGACCAAGACAACUUGGGAGGUUUGUCUUAUCUUUGACCAUUUUGCUAAUCCGACCAUGUUCUCCAAGGCGGAGCAGAGACAAGCCUCAAGGUACAGAUUUCUGGUGAUGGAAUGAAAAGGUGGUAUCUCAUUUCUAUAGAAGAUGAAGAAGAUUCUGGGGGUUCCAGAGACUUCGUCCACGGGGUGUGGACCAGUAAGGAUCUGGGCUCAGGAGUCCCCUGCCUCCUCUGCCCUUUGUGUGCACUGAUUGGAGGAGUCCAACCUUGUGAGCCUGGCCGUGUUGGAGUAGGGGGCUGGGGUGAGCUGAAGGGCUUGGUUGUUCCCAGCCUGGUAGUUGGCUCCCGAAGGCACUAGACACUGUCACUUACAGAGCCCCCCUUUUGUGUUUGGUUCUUUCGCAUUCCACGUGCAGCAGACGGAUGGAAGGACCUAGGUCCUGGCUGGGCUGUGUAUACUGUGUAUACAUGGGAGCUGGCUGCUGCGGGGACAACAGCCUGCUCCUAAUAAAGUUGUAAGUAUUUAA